AUGUCUUCACCGCCAGUCAACGAGCCGGAAAAGGAAUCGUCAAAUUCUGGAACGAGACCAGACCCACAAGAGAACGAUGACACGCUUAGUCCACAAGAGAUCAGUGGGACGAUGCCCAGCCAACGCAGUAAAACGGCUUCUUCAUCUAGCCCACGCGAGGCCGGCGGGCCGAUGCUUAGUUUACGAAGUAAAGAGGGGUCCUCUUCUAGUCCACACGAGGCCAGUGGGCCGAUGCCCAGCCAACGCAGCAAAACGGAUUCUUCGUCUAGCCCAAACAAGACCAGCGGGCCGAUGCUCAGUCCACGAAAUAAAACGGGCUCUUCACCUAGCCCACACGAGGCCGGCGGACCGACGCUUGGGUUACGAAGUAAAGAGGGGUCCUCUUCUAGUCCACACGAGGCCAGCGGGCCGAUGCCCAGCCAACGCAGCAAAACGGAUUCUUCGUCUAGUCCACACGAGGCCAGCGGGCCGAUGCUUAGCCCACGCAGUAAAACGGUUUCUUCAUCUAGCCCACACGUUGCCGGCGGACCGAUGCUUCUUAGCCCACGCAGUAAAGAAGCCUUGACGCCAAGUCUACUAUCACCAAACCAACGAAGUCACGGCAAAACAGGAUCAGAUACAUAUCUACAGAGUAGAAACGAUACACCCAACCCAAAUAGCAAAAAAUCAAAGUUGGCGUCCUUCAAGGCCAGUGAAAAUAAGCUAGGACCUUUCCCCCCAAAGCCUCCAUUGAAAACUCCGAGCAAAUUCGACACAACGCAAGGAGGUAAUUUUUGGUGUUCUUAUUUUAAACCAAAAAUGUUGAAAACUAAGGGUUGGGAGGGAGGUUGUGACCAAAAAUAAUUUAUGGGUGGUGUAUUAAGAGAGGAUAUUAAACUCAUACGUGGGUCUUCAUUAUACACAUUGAUAAAAUACAUUUAAUUUGUUUACUUUUUUGAACACUCUAUGUGUACGGGAAGUCAUCAUCAGUGGCGCUACAGCCUAUGUAGGGCCCUGGCCUGCUCCUCCACACCCUUCCAUUCGGAGCGAUUCAUGGCUCUCCGCCUCCAUGCGUGAACCCCCAACUGGUGUAUAUCCAUCUCUACAUCGUCGAUCAAUCUCAGCCUUGGGCGACCGGUGAGUCGUCUGCCCCUAGGCUUCUGCCUGUAUAUAAUUUAAAAGUUAAAAGACAAAAUGGAGUCCAUGCUUAUGGGAAAAGCUUUAAAAGCAUGAGAGCCAGAAUGAUCAAUGCAUUGAUCGUGGGCCCUCAAAAUAUAGAAGAACUAUAGAAGAGUCCUGGAGAGUCAUGAAGCAAACACGUUGCGCCUAGAUCUUUUAUUGUGUUUGUUAAGGUUCGCCCGCAUUUCUCCCCUCUGGCGUAGGCUGAAAUAACCCUGAACACUCUGCAUGUUUCAGGUCAUUUCUGGUACGAUGAGAUCCCACCAAGCUUGUACCGCCAUCUUCCCGACAUUCCCAUGAAGCUGCUGCCUGACUUCCUCAACACUAGGUGGAGCAACCUGUACUUCCUUUUCUUGUUGUCUUUGGUCGUGUUGUAAAAAAAAAAAAAGUUAUAACGAGUGGAUGACUAUAAUCAAUUUCGACAGAAAAUGUAAAAAUAAUGUUGUCUAUGAAUUCUUUAAACAUAAAAUAUAUGCGUUAUAUCUUAGUUUCCUUUAAGCCCCCUCUCACUCUUUUACUAACCCCCCCCCCCCCCCAAAGGGUUUUCAAAGCAUUAAAGUUUAUAAGCCAAACAAUAAGAAAUCAGAAAUUUCGUUUAUUAUUAUGGAAUUAUUAAAGGAUUUAACUGUAGAGACUCAGUUGAUUUCUCUUUAUUUUUUUAAAUAGAACAUGCAGUGGCGUAGGAAGGGUUGCGACAGUGGGCUGUGCACCCAGGUUGGCACUUUUUUCUUUAUAUUGAAGGGCGUCCUUUUCGGAAAACUGCAGAGGAAAACUUUUCCUAGAAAGCUGUUGUGGGGGGGGGGGGGGGGGGGGGGGGGGGCGAAGCUCCCCCCCCCGCCCUGAGCAGAACUUUCCCUAGCAACGUCACUGAGAACAUGUCAUUCUGUGAUUGAUCUAUAGAAGAAGCAUGAAGAAAAAAAUAGCACAAAGCCAGGUUGUCGUUAAAUAGCAUUUAAAGCAGCGGUUCUCAACCUGUGGGGUCACAACCCUUUUGGGGGGUCUCGCGACCCUUUUCCAGGGGUCGCCUAAGACCAUCUGAAAACACAUAUCCUUGCGGCUAUGAAGUAGCAACGAAAAUAAUUAUGUGGCUGGGAGUCGCCACGACACGAGAAACUGUAUUGAAGGAUCGCGGCAUUAGGAAGGUUGAGAACACCGAUUUAAAGUAAACCUUAUCAGCGACCACAACAACAUCAACAAACACAUGAUACGUUCGCCCUAAUGUCCACUACGCGCACGUACACUGACAUAUAUAUCUGAGGUGUCGUGUUGACGUACGUGGAUAUUGGAUUAGAAUUUUGUCAGCAUUGAAAAUAUAAAUCUGCUGUUUGAAAAUUUCCAAGUAGCAGUUCUAGUUAGACGCUAUAGUCUGCUGGUAACCGCGCGCGAUAUCAUGAUCCAUAGUUACCGUUCUUAAUAAGAUUGAAAUGAUUUCAUUUGUGUUUUUUUGCAUUUCGUUUUCAGGAGAACGGAGAUACUGUGUGAAGAUCUGGACAGUGAGCAGAGGCGGCUACUGAGAG